CUCUCGGCUCAGAGGCUGUCCCCUUGUCUGCCGUCCUUUCUGCUCUUCUCUCCAUCCCGCGGGCCGUAGCGCGAGGACCGCCGGGGAGCAUCGCUCGGUGCGGAGCAGCGCAGCGCGCAUCCUCCUCUGCUCGUGACCCCCCCCCCCCAAAAAAAGAGAACACUCCCGAAUUGUGGAAUUUAAAGCUACCGAGCUUCGUUGUUAGUCAUCCUGUCCUCUUUUUGUAGGACCGGGAGCACUUGACGGGAGGAGCGCAAAGUGCAGCGCGCAAAACGCCAGCGCGGCGCAGAGCGACCUUCUUCUUUGGGUUUGUGCAGAGAACGAGAGUUGCGGACAGAAAGAAAUGCAAUCCGAUCACUUGAGCCGCAAGCAGCGCGUCCACGCGGAGCCUGGGAUUACAAUCUAUGCAGUUUAACGGAGGGGGAAGAAAACCUAAAGCAGAUUAAAAGUCGUAUAUUCAAGGGAGAGCAUUGACAAGCAAUUGGAUGAGAGUCUUAUUCGCCCUCGGCAACUGAAGAUGAUGUUUCCAUGGAGACAAAUUGUUCUGCUAUCAAUCACUGGAUGCCUUGCAGCCUGUACAGAGGAUGUCAUAUUUCAAGGGCCAAGAUGGAGGACGGAGCCAAGUGACCUCAUUUUACCGAUCAACUCCCCAGACCAGCAGGCCACCGUCACGUGCGAGGCAGAAGGGAGCCCCCCCCCGCAGUACAGAUGGUCACUAAACGGAACACUCAUUGAUCUGGGGAAUGACUACCGGCGUCACAUGUCUGGGGGCAGCUUGAUCAUUAGCGACCUGGACAAGGACCAAGACACCGGGGUAUACCAGUGCACGGCCUUCAACGCGUGGGGGUCCAUCCUCGGCCGCAGAGCCAGCCUACAAUUUGCAUAUCUUGAUAACUUCAAAACUCAAUCGGCGAGGAGCGCCGUCAACGUCCGUGAGGGCCAGGGCGUGGUUCUGUUGUGUGGACCACCUGCACACUCUGGAGAGCUGACAUUUGCGUGGAUCUUCAAUGAGUACCCGUACUUUGUCCAACAAGACAGUCGGCGAUUCAUCUCUCAGGAGACUGGGAGUCUCUACAUUGCAAAAGUGGAGCGCUCAGAUGUCGGCAACUACACCUGUGUGGUGAACAACUCCGUUACAAGGGAGAAGGUGCUCAGCUCCCCCACACCACUGGUCCUUCGAAGUGACGGUGUAAUGGGCGAAUAUGAACCCAAAAUAGAAGUCCAUUUCUCUGAUUCAGUUCCAGCUGCAAAAGAAUCGGUGGUGAAACUGGAAUGCUUUGCUCUUGGAAACCCCGUCCCAGAAAUAAGCUGGAGGAGAACCAGCGGCAUCCCUUUCCCCAGCAAAGUGAAAAUGAAGAAUUCAAACGCCGUCCUUGAAAUCCCCAACUUCCAGCAGGAGGACGCCGGGACGUACGAAUGUAUGGCGGAGAAUCGCCGCGGCAAAAAUGCAGCGCGAGGUCGUAUUUCAUUCCAUGCUAAACCUCACUGGCUUCAGACAAUGGCGGACACAGCACUGUCCAUCCAGGAGAACCUCUUCUGGGAGUGCAAGGCCAACGGAAAGCCCAAACCGUCCUACAGCUGGCUGAAGAAUGGGGAGCAAGUGUCGGCUGAGGGCCGGGUACAAAUCGAAAACGGGGCUCUGUCCAUAGCCACGGUGAACCUGUCAGAUUCCGGGGUCUAUCAGUGUGUGGCUGAAAACAAACAUGGCAUUAUUUAUUCCAGGGCCCAACUAAUGGUGUUAGCUUCACCGCCCAGUUUCUCCAGAAGUCCAUUAAAGGCCCUGCUAAAAGCUCGCUCAGGAAGCCAAGUCACUCUUGAAUGCAAGCCCCAGGCCUCGCCCCCAGCAAUUAGCCUGUGGAAAAAAGGGAACGAGAUCCUGCAGAGAACCGAAAGGAUCACUUUGCUUUCCAACGGGACAUUAAUGAUCGCCAAUGUGACCAGACGGGAUGCAGCCAGCUACACGUGCGUCGCUAAGAAUCAAUUUGGCACAGCGAGCACAACUGGGAGGCUGAUUGUCACCGAGCCCACCAGGAUCACCGUGAGGCCCACUAACAUGGAGAUUAUUGUUGGCGAGAGCAUCGUCUUACCCUGCCAGAUUGCCUGCGAUCCAGCUCUGGAUGUUUCUUUCUCGUGGGCAUUCAACGGCCAGCUCAUCGACUUCCAGCGAGACAGCAAUCACUUCGAAAGAGUGGGCGGGAGCAUAUCAGGGGAUCUGAUGAUUCGAAACAUCCAGCUGAACCACGGGGGUAAAUACAUCUGCAUUGUUGACACUGACGUGGAGAGCCUGUCCACUUCUGCCAUCUUGGUUGUCAAAGGUCCGCCAGGUCCUCCGGACAAAGUGGCAGUGGACGAGAUCACAGACAGCACGGCCCAGCUUUCGUGGACUCUGGGAAGGGACAACGGCAGCCCCAUCACCGGCUACAUCAUCCAGGCCCGCACGCCCUUUACUGUGGGCUGGCAGGCUGUUGACACAGUGCCGGAGAUGGUCAACGGUAACACGCUGACAGCCACGGUGGUGGGUCUAAACGCCUGGGUGGAGUACGAGUUCAGGGUGGUGGCCCGCAAUGUCGUUGGCCUGGGAGAGCCCAGUCCGUCUUCAGCCAAGACCAGGACAGAGGACACAAUUCCUGAUACAGCUCCCACUGAUGUUGGAGGUGGAGGCGGUACAAAGUCUGAAUUAGUAAUAACAUGGGAGCCUGUUGCCGAGGAACUGCAGAACGGAGAGGGCUUCGGCUACAUCAUCGCCUUCCGGCCCGUGGGCACAGUCACGUGGACCAGAUCGGUCAUCUCAACGCCCGGUGCGGCGCCGUACGUCUUCCGCAACGACACCAUCCCGCCCUUCUCGCCCUUUGACGUAAAAGUGGGGGCGUACAACAACCGAGGGGAGGGGCCCUUCAGCUCCAUCGCCACUGUGUAUUCGGCAGAGGAAGUCCCCAGCAUGGCUCCUAAGAGGGUUUGGACUAGAAGUGUAUCUGCAGUACAAAUUGAAGUGAUCUGGGAAGCUGUCCCCACCAUCUCUGAAAGAGUGCUUGGAUACGAGGUUGUGUACUGGGAAGACGACACCAAGCCUGAAACUGUUGGAAAAGUGCGCAUAUCUGGCAACUACACUCUUGUGAACAUCACUGGGCUGAGAGCCAACACGGUCUACUACCUCUGCGUCGCCGCGUUCAACACAGCUGGCCCGGGGCCACAGUCGGCACCCAUCAACGCCACCACGAAGAAACCUCCUCCAGAUCGGGCUCCGCUCAACAUACAAUGGACAAUGAUUGGCUCCACACUCACAAUGCAGUGGGAUGCAGUAGUAGCCAUGGAGACAGAAUCCAGGGUCACUGGAUAUCUGGUGUUGCUGAAGAGACAACGCAACAACGACAUCAACGUCAUCCUCAUCAACAAAACCACCGUGGAGCUCAGCCUCCUCGGCAACGACAACUAUCUAAUUCAGAUCAAGGCCAUGAGCGAGGGCGGCGAAGGUGUGGGCAGCGAACCCAUCCACAUCCAUAAAUUAAGCAUGGGGGCACGGGGCUCGGGAGCGGUCCACCUCAUCCCGUUGUGCCUGUCAACGGUCGUCAUAGGCGGCCUGCUCUGCUCCUCCUGGUGAUGUCUGGAGCCCACGCAGCGCCCACUCCCUCCCUUUAGCCCCUUUAGUCACGAGGCCUGAGCUUUCUGUGGCCACGACUGGGAGAGGCUGGAAAGGACCGGACGCCACCAAAUUCUUUAAAGGGACCAUGGCGCUUUCUUUUCAAAGGGCCCUUCAGAUGGAGACGUGAGGAUUUUUUCGCGUGCAUGAUACCCUGCAGUAUUUUUACCCCGCUCAUAAGUGCCACCGUGCUCUAGGUUUUUUUACUCUUUUUUAAGUUAUGAUAACUCAUGGUUUGUCAUCUUAGUAUCUUUUGGAGAUACUACUUGCCUUAAAAACAGAUUUUGCCCAUACAGUCUAUACCAAAGUAGGUGACAGGCUGCAUGCUCUAUGGUUUCUUUAUUCAUCUUCUCCAGAUUGCCCUCUCAACAGUUAGAUUCGUUCAAUGAUUUCAUUCCUAUUUCAUCGCCUCAAAAAUUGAAUUUAGAAUAAACCAUUUACUUUGACAGAACACCAACCAAUGUCCUAAUCAUAUUAUUUGCAGUUUUUGCCAAAAGAAACGACAAUUGCGGGCUCAUAAACAUCUUACCAGGCUUUGACAGAUGUGCGAAAGAUGCACAGCAAAUUGAUCAACUGUGUGUCUCGGUAUACUGAAAUAAUAGUAUGUGCGUUGGAGAGCCACAGUCUCCUGAGCUUAAGGCCUCCUCUACAAUACUCUGAAAGAUCUUGGCAUUUUGCCAUACCCCGCUCCUCUAAAUAAUAAAUACCCAUCACACUCUGUGUUCUCAGUCUGGCUCAGAAAGCCAGGAUUGCAGAUUGAAGAUACAGGCCUGUGGUGUCAGAUCCCGCGUGUGCUUUCCCUUCUUCACAUUUGGACAACCCCUGUUCUAGAUAUGCACACCAUAUCACAGGAACAUGUAACAUGUUCACACCACAGAGGAAAACACCCUACAGCAUAACAGUGCCUUCACUAGAGCUCACGUAUUUCUCUUUCUUUCCUUUUCCAAUAGCUUAGGGGAAAGAUUCAUGUUGCAGAAGAAGACGUUGUUAGCUUUUCUCUCUCCGCAUGAAGUUUGUCAGAAAGGACAAGAAAGUCAGAAUGUAGAGAGGGCCUGUUGUUGGAGAGGGUAUCUUGAUAGUUUUCAUUGGAACAAGCGCCGGGUUUACCUUUGACUGAAAGGGCAAUAGAUUGAGAUAUAUGGCGGAAAUUUCGGCCCCAGUAUUUAUGACUUGUGGUUUAAUAAAUGUAUGACUUCAUCUGAAGCAUAAUUUAUGGGCCAUUAAAGUAUCAGAAUAAUUGAAGCCAAUACUGCGGUGCGAGUGCCCUGACUGGAAAUGGAGCGAAAGGCGCGGCUGUCAUUUUACCCACACGCCAUCACAGCCCACUGGACACACACCAGACUCAACAGUGACAAAGGAGCGUUGCCACGCUGCCGAGGGGGGGAUCUACUUUUCACGCCCUUUUUUUCAUGUGGAUGAGUCUGUCAAAAGCCGACCCAAGGAAGGUGUGAUUACUGGCGUCCUGGUGAUGUUCUUCGUGGAUGUGGAAGGGUACAGUUAACUGAACUGCUACACAUUACUGUGCCUUUGCCGAACAUGGGGCUGUCUGCGGUCAUUAGCUCGGAGGCUGUCGUCGUCUGUAUUUUGCACUCUAUUACCCCACCGCCCCCGCUCCCCCAAAGUCGAAUGAAAGCACAAGGAAUUGAGGCGCGGUGACUGGAUGUUCUCACUUAGCCGUCUGAACAGGUGUGCAUUCCCCAGAGGCCUCGUGAAACGCCCAAGCGGCCGACAUAAUCAGGCCGUCCUAUCUGCUCCCUCGUCUGUUUCAUAAAGCUCUGUGCUCUUUGAUUAGAACGCUGCAGACCAGUCAAUGGAAUAUUGACUUUCUUGCUCCAUUAUUACAGCUGUCACAAUUCAGCUGCUUGCUUGACUCAUGGCCACGCUCGUAUUGCACCUGUUCUGCUGUGUUACAGUAACAGUCAAUGAUGUUUCACAACUGUUUUACCCCCGAAUGGACCACGUCAAAGGCAUUCUUUUUCUUUUCUGUUUCAGUUGGCUUUUUACUCGAAAUCUCACUGUAGUUGCGUAAAGUGUUUUGUAGUGUAGUGGUAGAUUGUGAUUUUUCAUUUCAGCAGUGAUCUGAAAGCGAUUGGCUGGUUGAGUAAUUCGGUUUGAAAUCUAAAUAAUAAUGUAAAUGUAAAAACAUUGAAAAAACCUAAAACCUAACCACACAAGUAUUGCAAACAAUAGCCUAAAAUCUCAUGGCGCAAUUAAUUCAUGUCAACCGUGCGAGCUAUCUAUGCUGGGAUCAUUAGCAAAGUGUCUUAAGUAAUCCAAAAUAGAGUAGGCCAAUGUAGUUUUAGACUACUUAAUGAGACAGGUUUCUAUGGUACGGAUAUGUUGAAUAAACCAAGCUAAUGGGCUACACUGAACAAGCUGGCUAGCUUGAGGAGUUUGUCGUUUUAAUGAUAGAAUACAAAAUAAAAUAGCCAGGCUAGCACUAGCAUGUUGGUUAGCUCGUUAGCUACACUAGUUCACAAACAAGCCCUCUGAGAUGUCAUGAUGUCACCAAGCCUCUAGCAGUGCCUGCUUGUGGUGUAACCAGGCCUCAAAGCAGCUCCUGAGCAUUUCUGUUGUGUUUAAAUACGGUAACUUGCUUGCAAGGUGGCAGACUCACAGGUCAUUAAUUAUUGUGUGGCAGUUCCUCAAAGCUGUCUAAAUUUUUACAUUGUUGUAAUUCAGCCUAAUGUUUCUUACCUCUGUUCAUAAGAAAACAAAACUAUUGUUUCAGACCUCGUGCUUUCACUAAAUACAACAAAGUACAAUCAAAUAGAAAUGAAGGCAGUGAUUAGUCCCACAAGCUGACAUGGUUGAAGUGCACUGAUCACAGAACAGCCGCAUAACUAUUUAUAUCCACGAGGUCUAUUGUGUUAGGGUGGUUUCCGUGGUUGUUGUCACUAGAAAGGAGUGUACCUGCUGUGGUGUAAAUAGCUUGCAUAUAUUUUUUAAAACAUGGCCAUCAAAGAUAAACCUUACUGCUUUUUAUAUUGUGUGUUCUCCAACCUUAAUACUGGUGUAUUAAUCAAUGAUCUCUGUGAGAUACUGACAUGUAGAGUGGCAUUUUCAUAUUGAAAAGUAACUGUUUUGUCUUGUAUACUAAAAAUGUGCAUGUUCAUCAUGGUUUGUGACUUUGUGUUUGAUUCUUUUCUAAAACUAUAACUUAAUAAAAAUGUUUAUUCCA